AUGUCGGGGCAAGAAGAAAAUAAAACCACAGUCGCUAUUGAUAUCAAGGACUUGACAUACAAGCAUGCCUCUCCUUUUGAUGGCAUUCCUCCUGCACUAGUCGACCUCUCUUUGAGUCUUCCCAAAGGAUCGCGAACGCUCUUGAUUGGCGCAAAUGGAGCUGGGAAAUCGACGUUGCUUCAGAUACUCGCGGGCAAGCGACUAGUCAAGAGCAAUGACGUUCGAAUCUUUGGCCGAGAUGUAUUUCGCAAUUCACCUCCGGGAAUAACUUAUCUCGGGACUGAGUGGGCUAUGAACCCAGUUGUUCGCUCUGACAUCGUCGUCUCCCACUUUCUAGACAGUAUCGGAGGCUAUAGACACAAAGCCCGCCGGGAUAGAUUGUUGGACAUAUUGGAUGUGGAUCUUGAUUGGCACAUGCACGCUAUAUCGGACGGCGAGCGUCGAAGAGUUCAGCUGGUCAUGGGCCUAAUGGGAGAGUGGGACGUCCUUCUCCUUGACGAGGAAAUCGACCUCGACGUUCUUGUUCGUGAUGAUCUAUUAAAGUUCCUGAAAGAAGAAAGCGAAACUAGGGGAGCAACAAUUUUGUAUGCUACACAUAUAUUCGAUGGCCUGAACACUUUCCCAACAUAUGUUGCCCAUAUGCGCUUUGGUCAAUUUGUUUCCGAGCCAGUAUUAUGGGAACAGCAAAGAAUUGAACCGGAAUUGCCUUCUCCUUCGUCCGGCUCUACCUUACAUGCAUUGGCAUUGCGUUGGCUCAAGGAUGAUCGUGAAUUCCGUAAGCAGGAAGAGGUGGCCGGUAGGCUGAACAGGACUCGUGGUGCAAAGCCUGACACCGGAGUUCCAACUGACUCCGAGGUGUUUUAUAAGAAGUAA